CCCUACAGAUGUGAAGAAUGUGGCAAGUCCUUUAAUCGAAUAUCACAACUCAGAGUACAUCAGCGAACACAUACUGGAGAGAAACCCUACAGAUGUGAAGAAUGUGGCAAGUCCUUUAAUCGAAUAUCAAAUCUUAGAUCACAUCAGCGAAUACAUACUGGAGAGAAACCCUACAGAUGUGAAGAAUGUGGCAAGUCCUUUAGUCAAAUAUCAAAUCUUAGAGUACAUCAGCAAAUACAUGCUGGAGAGAAACCCUACAGAUGUGAAGAGUGUGGCAAGUCAUUUAGUGAAAGGUCACAUCUUAGAUUACAUCAUCAAAUACAUACUGGAGUAAAACCCUUCAGAUGUGAAGAAUGUGGCAAAUCCUGUAGUCGAAUAUCAAAUCUUAGAGUAUAUCAGCGAACACAUACUGGAGAGAAACCCUACACAUGUGACGGAUGUGGCAAGUCCUUUCGUUAUGUGUCACAUCUUAGAUCACAUCAGCGAAUACAUACUGGAGAGAAACCCUACAGAUGUCAAGGAUGUGGCAAGUCCUUUAAUCAAAUGUCAGAGUGCAUCAGCGAACACAUACUGGAG